UUCCGUGAUUGGCAGGGUAAUUUCUUUUCUUUUUCUUUUUUGAAAAGAAGCAGGAUUAUUUAGUUAAACAGAUUUUAAACCCUUAAACCAUAAAACUCGGCAGCUCCAUCAGCUUUGUCCUCUGUAUCAGAAACGCACGUUGGAGUUGCACUGAACUCAAAAGCUGGCCGUCGGAAAACGCAGUCGCCACCGCAAAAGUGAGCGUCUAGUUCAUAGUUUUGCUCUUGGAUUCGAUGGGUACUGAGUUUGAAACAGUUGAGGGACGAAUAACAUCUAUGCUUUCGCAUCUGCAGUCUGAAUAUGGCAUCCUUGAAAGAUUGGUAUACAAGAAUAAGAACCAGCACCGCCGCUGUUCCUAUUUCCAGCAUCUUUUGAAGGUGAGGAGGGAUUUAAAGCUUCUGCAAUUGGCAAACUUGGAGGAGCUUGUAACAUCGUGUUUCUUUGUUAUCAAAGGAGAUAGACCAAAACAGAAGAUUCAUCUUUUAGAGAGCUUGAAAAGGAGAAAAUGCAAUGAUGAAAGGCAUAAUUUUUUGGAGCGUCUUUUAGGAUCUGCACGACUACUAGCAGAGAUGGUUGAACCAAUAUUGAAGGCUGCAACUGAGAUAUCUGUAUUGUUUGCUCGAUCCUUUUUCAUGGGACUUUCUGUGACAAUCAUGGCUUUGCUAGCGCGUCUACGAGUUUUAGUUCAACAAAUAUUACUUGAUGUUGUUUAUUUGUUCAACAUGGUUUCUUCUCUGUCUAGAAAUAAGCAAUCAGUAAAAAUUACUCAUGAGCGAAUAGAGGUUUUUAGAGAGUUCUACCCUGUUAGUGAUGAUUAUGUUACAUUAGAGUGUGUCUGGAAAUCAGAUAAGUAUAUAUUACAUGAGAGGAAGCAUAAAAGAGAGAGUGAAAGUCGAGGCGAGGACUCUGGUGGAAUUCUUUGUGUUCAAGCAUCAAGUGUCAACUAUAAUACUAUCGAGUCUAUUCUUGGGGAUGACCAACUUGUCCCAGAGAAAGGUGAAGCAGAUGCUGCUCUCAAAGAGGAUCCCCCUCAUGUUAAGGAUAUGAAUAUUGAUUUGGUUAAUACUGAUUUGCUGACAAGCUUGUCGCAAAUUGAUGAUGUUAAGGAGACCUUGUUUAGUAGUGAGGAAGGAGGACAAAAUCAUUGUGCCGCAAAAGUCUCUUUCUGCGAAUCUUCACCAGAGGGUGGCUCACAUGCAUUACCACAGUCUUCAACCAGUGGCAAACUUUAUUCCAGUUCGAAGAAGGUUGCAUUUGUGUCAAUAAAGAAUCCUACAUUAGUGCCAGAAAGUUUACAAAGUAGUAUUUCUGUGUUAACUAGCAAUGCCAAGGCUAAGCCAUUUCAUUUCAUUGGAAAUGAAAGUGCUCAAACAAAAGAUGACAAAACGGAUUCACUUGCUAGUAUACUUACUAAUGUAAAUGCAAAGGAUAGUAUUUUUUAAAAGCUGCUGUUUCAAAUGCAAGAAUAUUGAAAAUUCAAAUUCAAAACCUUGAAAAUUCAAAUUCAAAAACCUUGAAAAUGACUUAAUUGUUGAUGAUGAAACUUUUGGUGGUAA